UCUUUUUGAUGGAACUAAAUGGAUCAUGUUGGAGAUGUUUCUGGAAGUUCUAAACAACUCUGUAUGAACAGGGUGUGUCUGCUGGGUGUAGAAUGUUUACCUGAAAUUUUAUGAGAAUUUUUCAUGUCUGGUUAAUGAUCCCAGAGAAUAAUUGUUGAGAUAUUGUUGCUUAAAUUAGUUUUACAUUUAAUUAUAGUCAUUUACCUGUAUACUGAAGCUCAUCAGAAUUUUUUUGAAGGUAAUGUAUGCAUUUCCGAUUACAUGGAUGUGGGCUGAUAGGGGUUUUUUAUUGACAGGCAUGAUGGCCAUGACACAUUAUUAAAGGGUCAUUGCCUCUUCAUAAAAGGAGGAAGAUUUCUAUCUCAGAUUUUGUUUGAUCACCUGUUGAUCUUUCUUACAGCGAUUUAUUGAUUAAUUGGCAGCGUGAUAAGAAAGAUUGCACAAUAACUGGGUUAUUACAUGAAUAUUAAUAAGGCUAGUUUAACUAAGAAAUACACUGGGUAUGAAUAUAUGAUUGAAUAUUUAUGACUGUUGGUUGUGGCAGCUGUAUGCUAGGCAUUCUACAAUAGUGUAUUGAUUAGAUAACAGUCUGUUAGACCAGUCAUUGUGUUUGUAAUGGUUUAAGUAUUCCAGCAGACUCACAAGUAUUCCAGUUGUUAAAACAAACAAAACUUGCCAAUAUUAUUGUUAUACCUGAAGGAAUCAUUGUGUGGAAUCAUUGUAUGGAUUAAUUAUUACUCUUGACAAAUUGCUCAGUAUUAAUAGGAUUUUUUUUAUAUGAAACAAGUUCGAGAAUUAUGCUGACUCUGGAAAUGAAAAUGUGUUCAACAUGUGUGAAAACUUAAGUCAAGAAAUGUGAAUUAACAGAAGAAUCAGUGGAAUAUUAUGCUGUAGAUAUUUUUUCUUCAUCAGUGGAUAAAUAAUAUAAAGAAGGAAAUAAAAUGUAUCAAGGAAUGGUACUAGCUGUUCAUCCGAACAGAGAUCAGCUUUGUAUGAUUGCAAGAUGGAGUAAAUUAUGGAGAUUGAUACAGGAUGGUGAAUGUGACACUUGUGCUGAUUUUGUGGUAGACAGUGACCUUGACCUAGAUUCAAACUCGACCUUUGACUCCAAAGUCAAGAAAUUCCUAAUGGAUAGGUCUAUAUUAAAGGUUCAUCUUCCAAAUGGAGGAUUCAACAUGGUGAAAUAUGGAGACGCCACAGAUGUCAAGGAUAUCAUUAAGCUUGUUGUAGGGCGUCUAGCUGCUGGGGACAGAUAUUUUGCAAAAUGUUUUGCAUUAAAGUUGGUACACACAAACUCCCGGGAAUGUUACUGGUUACACAACAAUCUGACCAUGUAUCAAGUCAAACAGAAGUACGAAGCCUCCAGACCCCCAGAUGAAUGGAGGUAUGAGCUGAGAGUGAGAUACCUGCCAAAAAGUUUUCAAGAACUCUACUCAAAAGAUAAAGUGACAUUCUACUAUUUAUAUGAUCAGGUUCGGAAUGAUUACAUGAAAGAAUUAGCAGAACAAAUUGACCAUGACAUGGCCAUCAAACUAGGUUGUAUAGAAAUGAGGCGAUUCUUCAAGGAUAUGCCUCAAGUAGCUUUAGACAAGAAGUCCAACUUUGAGUAUCUGGAGAAAGAAGUCGGACUGAAAAGGUUCCUGCCUAGAAAUGUGAUAGACUCUAUGAAGUCCAAAAAUUUGCGGAAGGCGAUUCAGCAACAUUUCAAAGCAUAUGCUCAGUUGUCGGAGUCGGAAUGUGUGUAUAAAUUCUUCGAAACAUUGUCCAGAGUGAACAGAUUCAACCAGGAGAGAUUUAAAUGUGCAUUAGGUUCUGGUUGGAGUAUAUCAAUGGAGCUUGUUAUAGGACCAGAUGUUGGCAUUAGCUACCUCACAGAGAAGGCUUCCACGCCUACUCACAUGGCAGACUUUUCUCAAGUGCAGUCAAUACAGACGCUCAGUCUCGAUGACGGUAAAGGCGUGUUACAGUUGCGUAUAGCUGGAGCCGCAGAGCCUCUCACCAUAACGUGUGCCUCGCUGGCCGAGGCUGAGGAUAUGGCAGAUUUGAUAGACGGAUAUUGUAGACUGGUGCACGAUAUACAAGGAUCGUUCUGGACCAAAAAAGUUUCUGGCAAUGCAAAAUCCCCUGUUAUUGAGCUGAGAGAAACAUCACCCAAAGAAGAAACAGUUCCUCCAUCCCCUAAGAUCAGUACAAACAAGAAAGAUGGAGUGAAUAAGCUAGGGGAGCCACUUAGCCCUAAUGAAAGAAUAUCAGAUUACGCUGAAAUUGUAGAGGAUGAGGGUGACUACAGCUCUCCUGAUGGAAAAAAAAGAAAGGGAAAGAAAAAGAAAACACAUGACUAUGAGAUUUCUCGAGAACGGAUAAGUUUACUAGAUAUCCUUGGUAAUGGCCAGUUUGGAGAUGUACACAAAGGGGUUUAUAGAGAAAAGGAUGGCAAUGAGGUUCCAGUAGCUGUGAAGACAUGUAAGGAAGAUAAUGAAGAAUCUAUGACAGAAAAAUUCCUGGAGGAAGCUUAUAUAAUGCAGCAGUUUGACCACCCACAUAUAGUCAAGCUGAUAGGUAUAUGUUCAGCAGCACGGCCAGUAUGGAUUAUAAUGGAACUUGCCAGACAUGGCGAGAUGAGAGCAUACUUACAAAACAACAAGCAUAGAUUAGAUCUUACCACACUGAUCAUGUAUGCAUUUCAACUCAGCACAGCACUGUCCUAUUUGGAGAGCAAAAAAUUUGUACAUAGGGAUAUAGCAGCGAGGAAUGUUUUAGUGUCUGCCCAUGACUGUGUUAAACUAGGAGACUUUGGAUUGUCUAGAUGGGUGGAGGAACAAAGCUAUUACAAAGCAUCCAAGGGAAAGUUGCCUAUUAAAUGGAUGGCACCAGAAUCUAUAAAUUUCAGACGUUUUACAUCAGCAAGUGAUGUAUGGAUGUUUGGUGUUUGUAUUUGGGAAAUACUGAUGUAUGGUAUAAAGCCAUUCCAAGGUGUGAAGAACAAUGAUGUGAUAGGAAAGAUAGAGAAUGGGGAGCGGCUGCCCUUACCCCCUGGGUGUCCACCCUCGCUGUAUAACCUGAUGUGUGUCUGCUGGUCGUAUGAACCUUCUAAAAGACCUUCAUUUGCUGAUCUGAAAACAUGGCUUUAUGAGAUAUUUGAUGAGGAGAAGUACAGACUUGAAGAAGAGAUGCAGAGAGACAACAGGAGGGUGAUAUCCUGGGGUUCUAAUGGUUCAGAAGAAGAGCAGAUUUUACCACCACCAAAACCAGCCAGACCACAGUUUACAAAUGUGUCACCAGCAACUUCCUCCAGAAAUAUUAGUCAGCAAAGCAUAGCCAGCCCACCAAACAAUUGGGGAAACUCUUCCAAUCUUCCAUUAGGUCAGAGCACCCCAUAUGGGCCAAGCCCGCAACAUCCUGUGGCAGGAUCUCAACCUGGGCCUCCACCUUUACCCAGAGAGAUUGACCUUUCUCAUUAUUUCCCAUCAUCCACUGGUUACACCCAAGUUAACCAGGUAUCAAGAGGGUAUAACCCUGCUGGAGUGUCAUCAGAAGGUUCACACUACAGUCAGGCUUCAGCGGCUGGACCAAGAGGUGGAACAUUCCCAGGAAGGGCUAUAGCCAGGAAUCCCCAGGAGUUGUCAGAGAUGGUUGGAGCUAGUGGAACUCAAACCAGGGGAUAUCAGAGUAGUAGGCAACUUUAUCAGGAUCAGGCUCUUGACUUCCGAGAACCUUUACCUGUGAAUAAUCACGUUAACAAGGACCUGGAACCAGAGGAGAUUGAAGAGCGGUUGAGACGACAACAAAUGGAGUCAGAGAAAGAUGCUAAAUGGCUUAUCAGUGAAGAGAGAAAUCUUAAAAGAGAUAUUCCACGUCCCCAGCCACCUGUUACCCACAAUCCCCUACAUAUUGUAGAGGAAGGAGACAUUGUGAAAGAAAACACGCCCCCAAAUACUCUUCGGCAGACGGAAAUUAGACCUAGUGUGACACGAACUACAUCAGUAAAUUCCAGAAUCUCUAGUACAAGUAGUAGAAGUAGCAGUACCAGUGACCAUGACAUCCCAUCAUCCACUCCAAAACCUUCCAUUCCUAGUACUCCAACAUUGACGAAAGAGAGUUUAGACCGAAGUAAUGAUUCCGUGUAUGACAGUACAACAGCUGUUGUGAGAUCUGUUAUGUCGUUAUCACAAAAAGCGCCAUCCACACGUGCAGAUGAACUUGUUGAUCUUAUCAAGGCUGUUGGACUAGAGUUACGUGGAUUGUUAGCCAGUGUAGACGAGUAUUCACAAGAACUACCACAGACUCAACAAAAAGAGAUUGAAAUGGCACAGAAAGUAUUGAGUACGGAUAUGGGAAACCUGAUCAGUGCAAUGAAGUUAGCGCAGCAUUACAGCUCGACAGCAAUGGAUGGCGAGUACCGUAAAAACAUGCUUAAAGCCGCACAUGUUAUCGCAAUGGACUCGAAAAAUCUUCUUGAUGCUGUGGAUAAUGCUAGAUUGAGUCAGAUGUCAAAACCUAAUAGAUGAUCAAAAUAAAAGACAUGCUGAUGUGUUACGGUGCUUAAUUUUUUGUGAUGGUUAAAAUUCUUCAGUGUCCAGCAAAGUCAAGUGUAAGAAAAAUAAAAUAACCAUAUUGGAAGGUGUACAUGGUCCAAUGUAUGUAAAAUGACAGUAUUGGAUGGUGUAAAACUAGGCAUUUAGCCACAAGAAGUACAAAAUUAGAUGAUACUUGAAGAAAAACUCUGCAAAUAUGCUCCCUUUCCUAGUGAAAGCAUCGACUUUCUCAGGAUUAAUAAAUUUGGGAUGAUGUUUUAAAUAGAACAAAAACAGUAAAAAAAUGGAAAAUAACAAAAGGCCAUGAUAACAGUUGUUUGUAUGGAAAUAGCAGUCUUCAUUACAGCCAGUUCAAUGCCUGUCUGUUGUGUGUGACUUGUGUACCGAGGGGUAAAACUAGACGCAUCCUGUGGUAGAGAGACACAACAAUUGAAUAUGCAAAACAUUGUUGAGUAAAUCUUACGAAAAUGCAUACAGUAUUGUAUCUGUACAAGUGGAAGUAUUCUGAGGUCGUCUAGUUUGGAAAGACAGUAAUGGCAACAUUUCAUUAAUUAGUUUUUACACAAUUCACUCUUUACAUAAGCGGGUAUAUCCUGCUUUUUAAAAAUGUAUUGGGUCAUUACACUAUAACCAUACAUUUUAUUUAUUAGUGCUGCGUAGAAUAACAUUUAAAAUACAAAUUUGGAGCAAAAGUUCCAAUAUUUCGCUACACAAUACUUUCUGGAUGUAUUUUAUUUAAACUAUUUAUAGAUGUAAAUAGAAAACCUGUAAAAAAAGCUUAUUUUAUCCAAACAUGGCCUUUCAUGGUUCUGUUUGUAUUUUAGAGCAUAUUUUAUCUCCAUAUUUAAGAUUGUUAGAUUUUAUGAAGAUGAAAUGAGCCGUGCCACGAGAAAACCAACAUAAUGGGUUUGCGACCAGCAUGGAUCCAGACCAGCCUGCGCAUCCACACAGUUUGGUCAGGAUCCAUGCUGUUCGCUUUCAAAGUCUAUUGCAGUUAGAGAAACAGCGAACAGCAUGGAUCCUGACCAGACUGCGCUGGUCUGGAUCCAUGCUGGUCGCAAACCCACUAUGUUGGUUUUCUCAUGGCACAGCUCAAAUUAAGCUUUCCUGUGGGAAGGUUGAAAGCAGUUAGUCAUUCUGAAGCUAUUUUGAAUAGCUGUUUUCCAAGUUCUUAUAUAAGCAUGUCUACAGUUGGAAAUCAAAACAAUAUGUAAACUUUCUUUUUACAUAUUUGAUCAAGUAAAGAAAUGCGUUUCUAAGCCUACAAACACAACUGAGUUCUUGUUUGUACAAACAUAGUAACUAUAUUUCUCGUAGUAACAGUAAUACUGAAGAAGUCAUGAGUUAUUGUAAUCAUCAACGUAAAAAGUGUGAAACCUAGACUUUAAAUGCUAAAUUUUCUUUUGGGUCUGUCAGUGUCAAAUUAGCACCGAGUAAUGAAACGGUAUAUUAUGUAGCUGUAGACAUCUGUGCAAAAUUUAUUAGUAAAGCUGUGCUAAAACCAAAGUUACAACAACUUGAAUAUUUGUCAGUCUUUAAUCUUGAAGUUUCAGGUUUUAAAACAUUGAUGAAUACUUGUCAAGCUCAUUCCUUGGAUAGACAGAAUGUUAUUGACAAUUUAACAGAAGACAGUGUUAAGAUUUUAAUUCUCCACCUCUUAUUCUAGUUGGGAAUUGGUCAUUUCCUAGCUCAGGAAAGGCCAGCACAGAAAUACGGUGUAAUUGAAAAUGUAUACAACCUUUCCAAAUGAAGCAGGUAUGUUUUUCUACUUGAAAAGCACAAAUCACUUGUAUUAUGGGGAAUUAAAUAUGCUUAUACAUUGCAUUUGUCUCACUCAUGACUGCCUCGUAAUAAUUUUGUAUAUAAAUUUUUCAAACAGCAACCAUAGAUGUUCAUUGAUCAUACGAUAUUACUAUUAUUGAUAUUGAUACUGGGUAUUCAGAUCUGGCUUUACAUACAACUUUUAGUCAUAUUUUACAGAUAUAUAAAUACUGUAUAGCUGUGUAUAAAUGCUAAAAGCUAUAUGCCUGGCAAAUUAAUCUGGAUUACACUGUCCUUGCACUGAAGCUGAAAUUACACUCUUAUACUUACAAGUUAUAAGUAAUGAAAAUUUGUUUUUCAGUAUAAUUGAGAUAUCUGUAUGUUUUUGGUUCAAAUACAAUCAAUGCAAACGCGAGAUAGUUUAUGUUUCCACAUCUGUACUACUUCUAAGGUCCUUGUUACAUAAAUGAGUAUGCUUUCAUGUGCAUCAUAAACUGAGUAACAUUCAGUAACCAUAGUAUACUUGCUCCUGAGGAAAUUACAAAAAAUGAAAGUACUGACACAAGAAAUUUUCAUAUUGCUUAACCUUUAGCCUGCUGGCGGCAAGUGACUCUGCCUUUGCGACCAGUGCAGACCAAGAUCAACCUGCACAUCCGUGCAGUCUGAUCAUGGUCUGCACUGUUCGCUAUUCAGUCAGUAAAUUUUCAGUGAACACCCCCUCAAAUAUUAAACGGUACUGCCCAAAUUGAAUGAUAGACCAGUCCAUUUUAGAAAUUUAGCAGGCUAAGGGUUAAAGAUCCUUAUCUAUAAGUUUCUUAACCUCAGUAUUAAUCUUGUUUUAAAACUUUCUGUAUAACGACAUCCGCAUAUUUUCCUAUUGAUUAAGAGCCAGUUAAGGCAACAUAAACAUAAGCUUGUGAUAUCUCACUGAAUACUACUCAUAUAUACUGAUUCCAGCUUUAUAUUUUUAUACUGUUGCUCAAAUGUUCGAUGUAUAGUUUGCAUAAAUGUAAGUAGACAACGCCUAGUCAAAUGCAUCUUUGAUUGUAACAUUACUAGUACACUGCAGUGAAUCCAUUUACCGGUACUUGUGCUUCGAUGGAUUAUAAUGAUACACAAGUCAUGUCUGUCUAAAACAGUAAAUAUAUCGCAGAUGGAACUUGUUUAUAGAUUUCAUGUCGAACUGAAAUUAUCUCGAUAAUUCAGAAUGUACAGUUGAACUUCGUUAACCCAAACUCGACAGGACCAGCAAAAUUUGUUCGAGUGAUUGGUUGUUCGAGUUACCGAACAAAAUUCAUUAUACAGGGAUUUUUCCGGGACCUGACGACGAGUUCGAGAGAAGGGUGGUGUACGAAUUAUCUGAGUUCGAGUUAACGAAGUUUGACUGUAUACACAAAGGGGAUGUCGACAUAAACUAUGAAUCAUUUCAAUGUUUUAGUUGUACAUGCUUCUAUAUUUAGACUAGUAUUGACUAAAAAUAUUACUGUCCACAGGGUUUCAGUUUAAAUUCCGUAACAUGUUUAAUUGUAUUUUAAAACAGAUAGUUCAACUGGUUAAACAGAGAAUAUGUGUUAUUCAUAGUUAGAGAAGCACUACUGUUCAUGUUGCUCAUGAACUGGUAUAUUCAGAGCCAUAAAGGGAGGUAAUAAUUUUUACUGUAUUAAUGAUAUAUUCAAACCCGAGCCAGAUAUAUGGAAUCACAGUAGAAAAAUUAGAAAUAACAAGGUUCUGAUAUAUUUAUGUUCAUAACCAAAAAUAU